CUUGCAAACGUCAACGAGAGAGGACGUGUUGUUGUUUUGAUUUGCAAGCCAUAAUGUGUACGACCGAAAGAUAUGGAAGGAACACUUUCCGUAUCGACUAUUCGGAGGCUCCUAAGCGACCCACCCUAGAAGAAACCGUGAACUUCCUUUUUGAAGUGCUAGAAACGGGUGUGGAUGUGAAGAUGGUGCAACGCAACACUGCGCAAAGUGCCGUCUACGUCACUAUGCCAACGCUUGAACGUGCGGAAAGCAUAGUGAAGGAGCAUUCGGGGAAGCACUGCAUCACGCACGAGAGGAAGCAGUAUCCGAUUCCGAUCGAGAUGGUGGAUGGUGCGACGGAGGUGAACAUCCGUGAUCUUCCGCCAGGAAUCCCCGACGAAAACGUUUCCGCUGAGCUGAACCGCUUCGGUGAAGUGCUAACUAUUGUGCCCGGUGUUUGGGGAGCCGGAACGCGGCUUGCCGGGAUUCCUUCGGGUGUGCGCAUAGUGCGCAUGAAGCUGGCGAAACCCAUCCCUUCCUUCAUUACUGUGUGUGGUGAGAUGACCGGUGUGUUGUAUCGCGGACAGCAGCAAACUUGCCGUCACUGCAAUGAAGCUUUGCAUCACGGUAUUAGCUGCAUCCAAAACCGUGUGGGUCAGCUCCUCAACAGCGGUGCGGCAAAAUCGUACGCAAGUACCGUUAAGCAAGCACCAGCACAAACAUCUGAUGCGAACACAGCAUCAACUAGUACCGCAGGUACUAACACCACGGGACGACGCAAAGGGAAGGCCAAAAUUACUUCCCUUACAAACACUACUAAGCCACCAGCGAGCACUGCAUUGAAAGUGGCUAAUCGGCUUGCGAUCCCGAUCGAGCCGCUAACUCUCGCUCCGCCUUCGGGUCCGAAGCGGAGCGUGAAAGCCAGUGGUGAGCAACCCGAGGAGAAGAUGCGUGCUGCCGUUGGUGCCGUCGCAACACAUGUAGAAAAUGACGAUGCUCCUACUUUUACUGCUCCUGCUGCCGAUGAUGCUGCCGCUGCCGCUACUAUCAAUGCCGCUGUUUCCGCUGCUAUUGCCGAUGCUGCCGCUGCUACGGAUGCUGCCACUGAUGCUAACGAUGCGGCUGCAUCUGAGCCCAUGAGGGUGGAAUGCCGGGCGCCUUCAGGUGCCUUAAUGUUCAAAGAGCCGCUCGCAAUCCCUUCCACAUCCUUUUCCAUCCCUUCCCACGACGAACCGCUUGCGGUUAAACGCAAGCAAAAUCCGGAAACGGAUAAUGAGAGUGACGCCUCAUGUUCGUCAACAUUUAGUGUUAUGAGCGCGUCCAAGCGUAAGCCUGGUCGACCGCCAAAAAAACACACAACUUCACUACAGAUUAAUUAA